GACUGAAGGGGACCCGAGAAGAACGCUCACCCGUGAUCUGCAGAGCCCUCAAAUGGGUCUUUUCAUCUUCGUCUCUGCUGAAAACUCACUGCAGAAAAUACUGCAUUUUUGCUUAUUCAGCGGUGAAGAAAUGGCUUUCUCUAUGCCAUGGCGUCGUCUCCUUCAAAACCUUCAUAUUCUGCUCUUUCUCUUCAUCUUCUCCUCAGUUCACUCUUCUCAUGCCGCUGUUGCGCUCUACCACUCCAGUUUAUCAGAAUGGCAGGAUGGAAAUCAUGGAUUAUUUCAAUCAACUCUUUACUCAUCUAAUAGCCUUUCAACGGACAAUACCUCUAUUAUAUUAGCUUCUGAGAGAACAAAGAGGAAAGACCCUACAAAACUGUACAACUACUACACAGGUGGUUGGAAUAUAAGUGAUGAGCAUUACUGGGCUUCUGCUGCAUUUAAUGCAAUUCCAAUCUUUGUCAUGGCUCUUGCAUGGUUUGUUGGCUUUGGAGCAGCCAUGCUAUUCAUCUGUUGCUGCUCUUGCUGCUUUAGACAGAGAAGAUACUCCUAUUCUCGCUAUUUCUAUGCGUUUUCCCUCUUAAUGCUUAUUGUUUUCACAUGCACAGCAAUCAUUGGAUGCAUGGUUUUGUAUAAUAUUCAAGGGAAAUUCCAUGAUAGUACUAUAACUACACUGGAUUUUAUCAAGGGCCAGUCAAAUUAUAUGGUGAACAAUCUCCAAAAUUUCUCGAGAAAUAUGGCUGGCGCUAAGAGCCUUGGUGUGCACCAGGUUUUUCUUCCUGCUGAACUGCAGGCUAAAAUUGGUGAUACAGUGAAAGCAGUUACUAUAUCAUCAGAUGAGCUUUCUUCCAGGACAUCGUUGAAUUUGAAGAACAUUGAUAACUUUCUGAAAUCUGUGAGAAUAGACUUGAUAAUUGGUUCAGCUGUCAUGCUUCUUUUGGUAUUUCUUGGAUUUUUGUUUUCCAUACUAGGACUGCAAUUCCUUGUCUACUGUUUGGUUCUCAUUGGAUGGAUUCUCAUUGCCGGUGCAUUCAUAUUGUGUGGAGUUCUUCUUCUUUUACACAAUGUGGCAGGCGACACUUGCGUUGCGAUGGAUGAAUGGGUUCUCAAACCUCACAUAGCCACAGCCAUUGAUGAUAUUCUUCCCUGCAUUGAUGCUGCAACUGCAACUGAAUCUCUCACAAGGAGCAAGGAAGUCACUUCUGAGCUUGCAAAAGUUGUGAAUGAUGUUAUAGUCAAUGUUUCCAAUGCAAAGUUCCAUUCUCCUAUUGCGCCUGCUUCUUCCAACUACAACCAAUCUGGUCCUCUAAUGCCAAUGCUCUGUAAUCCUUAUGAGUCAGAUUUUAGAGACCGCAAGUGUCUACCCGGCGAAGUUAGCUUUGAAGAUGCACCAAAGGUAUGGAAAGGGUUCAUAUGCAACGCCAAUGUCAUCUCUGGCCAAGAGAUCUGCUCAACCGUCGGUCGCAUCACACCAAGCAUCUAUAGAGAGAUGACGGCAGCCACAAGCACGAGCCAGAACCUGUACCAGUUUACUCCAUUCCUCAUAAAUGUGGCAAAUUGCAGCUUUGAAAGAGAGAUCUUCAGUUUAAUAGGCACUGACCUCUGCCCUGAACUGGAGCGUCACAGCAAGGGAAUGUACUGUAGCUUCACUGUCUUCUCUGCCUCAAUGAUUCUCUCCCUCAUCUUCUGGAUGGUCUAUGUUAGAGAAAGGAGGCACCGUUGGUAUAGCAAGCAGUUCAUUGCCAGGGAAGGCCAAGCAGCACAAGCUGAAGAGAAUAAAUUGUAGGAUAGAAAUAGAAUGAGAAUUUAGUAUUGUUGGAUGAAGAUUUAUAGCAAGUAAAAAUACUUCAGACUAUUUUUUUUUUUUGGGACAUUUAGGUCAUUUAAGACAAAUUUACACAAACAACGCAUAUACAGACUCGAACCCAUGACCUUUUAGUUGGAAGCAUAAGCUCUCAACAAACAGAUCAAAAUGAGCUGUGUUACUUCAGACUACUAAUUAGAAAUAGUUUUAUUUCUAUAUUGGAUCGAUUGCUUUAUAACGUCAUGUUCUUAUUUACAAUUCUUCAAGAAAUUAUUUCCCUGAUUUCCAUCAGCAAGUCCACCAAUAUUGCCCAAAUUUGAGCACCACCUAGUUAUAGCCCGAAUCUGACUAAAGUUAGCUCAAACUCUAGAAAAAUUGACUAACCCAACCAUCCCAUAAACUAGGCUUUGACCAACUCAUUGUCAAAGUGGUCAACUUAGUCAAAUAUUAUUAGAUAUUAAGCCCUACUUCUAAAAAAUAUCUUUGAUCAUAUUGCAAAGUUAAUUAAUCUGCUCCAAAUCUAAAGCAACAUACAUCUCCUCAAACCCUUUCUAUGACCACCAUUCUUAAUUCAUGCCACUUCUAAAAAGAAAAUGUAUUCCACUAGUUCAUCAUUCACUUACAUUUCGCUUGAGCCUUUACAUCUUCCCAAAUAUAGAAAGUUCCCAAAUAUAGCAUAACUUUCGUACAUAAUUCCAAAUGAAGAUUAAGGCUUCGUUUGGGAGGACUUUUUUACUGUUUAUUAAAACAACUUUUUAGUAUAAAAUUUAAAAUCUUUGUACUAGAAACUUGCUUCAGGAAGCAGUAAAAAGUCGUCUCAAACGAAGCCUUAAUCUUCAUUUGGGACUGCUUUCUUACUGCUUUAUAAAGUAACUUUUUAGUACAAAAAUUUAAAUUUUUGUACUAGAAAGAUGCUUUAAAAAGCAUCAAAAAAGUUGCCCCAAACAAGCCUUUAAUUACACCAUUUUGUAUUCCAAUUCUUCAUUUGACCCUAAUAACUUUCUUGUGAUUUAUUCUUCUUUCUAUAUCUAUUAGAUGAGAAGAGUUUACCAUACAUAAAGAUCACAACAUAAAUGAAAUUAUUAUCGCCCCCACUCCCCUCUUGCAUAUUCUUCCCAUUAUUAUCCAUCUAUGUUUACUAUGAUUCACUUUAUUAUCCUCGGACUUCAUGAAAAAUCCACUACCACCAAAGAGACAUCCUCAAUCGCAUUCAUAUUCUCAUAUGCGGGCUCAUAUUCUUGCUCUUGCUUCUAUUUAAGAUGGAGCUUUUAUCUUUGUGGAUAUUCAAUCUUCCAUCGGACUCCUUGAAAACCUCCUUCACUCUUCAUUUGUAUUGUUUACAUUUGCUCCAACAUUGGCUCAACUGCCUUGAAAACCUCCUUUACUCUUCAAGAGAAAGAGUUGUUUAGGACUAGUAGUAUUUAGGCAGGAUAAGAUAGCCCAAAACAUUAGGUUUAAUAUUUUAAGUUUAGUUUAUAAGUAUUUGUCUUUAUGAGUUGUUUUAUGUUAAAAUAAAAGUCCUUAUUUUGUUAUGAAAAAAAAAAAAAAAAAA